AUGACCAGGGGAAGGCUGAUCUUGAUCGAGGGGCUAGACCGCGUCGGGAAGAGCACGCAGGUGGGUGUGCUGGCCGAGCGGCUGCAGCCGCACGUGCAGCUGAUGCGGUUUCCCGCGCGCGACACGCCGGUGGGCGCGCUGCUGGACCGGUACCUGCGGGACCGCGACUUCGAGCUGGCGGACCAGACGGCGCAUCUGCUGUUCGCGGCGAACCGGUGGGAGUGCGCGGCGCGCAUCGAGGCGGCGCUGGCGGCGGGGCAGCACGUGAUCCUGGACCGGUACGUGUACUCCGGGGCGGCGUACUCGGCGGCGAAGGCGGUGCCGCGGAUGGACCUGGAGUGGUGCGCGGCAGCAGACCGCGGGCUGCCGAAGCCGGACCUGACGCUGUUUCUGACGCAGGGCGCGGCGGCGGCGGCGCAGCGCGCGGGCUACGGCGCGGAGCGUUACGAGCAGCCCGACUUCCAGGAGCGCGUACGCGCGCAGUUCGAGCGCGUGCUGGCGGCGGAGGACGCGGCGUACCGCGCGGAGCAUCUUGUUUUUGUCGAUGUGGCCGGCAAGUCCGUGGCCGCCGUGGCCGGCGAGAUAUGGGCGGCGGUGCAGCAACACUUGGCGCGCGACGCAGGCGCACUUAUGUACUUCUAG